AUGUCUACAGAACCAUCUACAGUUUCUUCUGUCAUAUCCUCUUCUGUGUCUACAACUUCUCCUCUCAAGCUAAAAACUUCUUAUAUCUCCUUCAAACUUGAUGAAACCAAUUACAUUCAAUGGCGUCGUCAAGUACUUUAUAUCCUUCGUUCUCAUGAUAUUUAUAGUCAUGUGGAUCCUGAUGUUACUUCUCCGUCUCCCUUUCUUUCUAGCUCAUCUGCUGAAAAACCUCUUCCAAACCCUAAAUAUGCUCCUUGGUUUCAGAUUGAUACGUCUCUCCUUAGCGGGCUUCAAGCUACCCUUACUCAAUCAGUUUUUGCGGACAUCCCUGAUUUUACUUAUGCUCGUGAACUCUGCACUCAUCAUUCUACACUUCCUUCCUUCUCCGAGUUGAAAUCGUUGCUUCUAAAUCAUGAAAUUCGUAUUACUCAAUAUAAUCAAACCACCCCGGAUCUUACUCCUACAACAGCUUUCUAUGGUUCAACCUUUUCUUCUACUCCUUCUUCUUCCUCAAACUUCUCAUCACCUCGGUUUUACAACAACUCAGGCCGUGGAAAUACUUCCUACAGAGGAGGUCGUGGUGGUAACAAUGGUUCUUUUCGUGGAAAUCGUGGUGGAGGCUGUGGCAAUGGUGGUCCUGGACGUGCUACUCAGUUUUACUCCUUUGGGAAUUAG